GAAAAACUCACUCAUUUCGUUUGCUUUUCUCUGUUUAUAUAACCCCAUGAAGGAAGAGAGGUUUUUCCAUAUUUAGAAAAAGUAAAGAAUUUGCUUUCUGGGUUUUCAGGCUCACCAACUCUCUUCCCAAGCUCUCGUUUCAGCCAAUUAAGAAGACAUGGAAGUGGCUGUUGAGGUAGAAGAUGAUCUGUUUUUUGCAGAUUUAAGCAAGCAAAUCUCUUUGCUUAUCAUGGAUGAUGAUGAUGACUCAGUUGUCAGAUAUCCCUCAGUUUCUCUCCAGGCCUUCACUGGUGCGAAUUACCCAAUAGCACAAUGUCCAUUUGUUGAAGAACAAAUGUGCAGAAGAGAAAGCAAAGGUACUGGAGUUUUUAUCCCAAAGUCAUCGCAACAACCAAGAAGGAAGCAUAGGCAAGGAAGAUACAGUUCUUCAUUGAGCUCCAAGUCUAACAGGCAGCUUAGUAACAGUGCACAAAUGGCUUCUCAAGCAUCUUUCAAUAACAUUUUUUACACAAGGAGGGGCUGAAGGAUUCACGUGUUUAUGAAUUGUAUAAAUUUACUAAAAGGAAUUACCAUUAAUCCCCUAUGUGAACGACUGCUGAAGACAAUUAGGCAAAAGAUUUUAUACCUAUAUGUACAUGUAUGUGUAUGUACAUUACAAAUAAUUGAGUAUUGAAAUGAUUCCUAAA